GCCACGGCACUAAUGGAAGGGGAAACCCUAAUGAAUUCAGAGUGACCCUCGGCUUCCUCCAUCUGUAGAAACUCAGUGCUUCAAUGAAGGACGACACUCUGUGACGAAUCAAUAUCAUCCACGGUGUUCUCAGAAACCCUAAUUCCUCGAAAUGCCAUCAAUUGCCUCCAAACUUCCGGCCAAAGCUCUAGGGAGACUUCUCACUGUCGCUCCGAGACAAUUACUUGUUCGGUCCCUCAGCACCGUCUCCGAGGAACGAACCCAGAAACUCGAGCGGAUCGCCGAUGACCUCCUUGGCCUCACUAAAAUCGAACGACAUGAUUAUGCCAUCCUCUUCCGGCUGAAAAUGGGGUUAAACAAGUACGGCCCUGCAGUUUCUGGUCUAAGCGCAUCAGGUUCGGCGUCCGCCGGAUCUGCAUCCGCCGUAGCAAAAGAGGCUGAGAAAACCGUGUUCGAUAUAAAGCUCGAGAAAUUUGAUGCGGCGGCCAAGAUCAAGAUCAUAAAGGAGGUGAGGACGUUCACUGAUUUGGGUCUGAAGGAGGCUAAGGAUUUGGUGGAGAAGGUGCCUGUGGUGCUGAAGAAGGGUGUAACGAAAGAUCAAGGAAACCCAAUUAUUGAAAAGCUGAAGGAAUUGGGAGCUACCGCGGUACUGGAAUGACUUCUUUUUUCUUGUCAUUUCAUAUGUUCAUUUUGGAUUAAAAUAAAGCUGCCCUUGUUUGAGGACUAACGAAAUUUUUUGAAAGAGCCAAGUUUUCCGAAGAUUACAUUUCAUAAUGAUAUUGUUGCUUGACAUGAGAUUUAAAGUACAUUUGGCUUUUCCCCUUUGGCAUUUCUCCAUUCGAUUUUCAAUGACAACCAGUAUCAUUCUGA